GUAAUUAAUUGCGGGAAAUUAGGGUUGUUUCCAUAAAUCCCUGCGACUUGCUCCUUUUCCCCCUUCGUUCCCUUAAAACCCCCCAACCCUUUCUUUCUAUCUUCUUGUUCCAAAUAGAAGGAAAAAAGAAAAGAAAAGAAAAGAAAAACACAGUUCCAAGAAUUUCAAGAAAAUGAAAGGGUGUGAGCUAUGCGGCGGUGCUGCAAGAAUGUAUUGUGAAUCAGACCAAGCUAGUCUAUGUUGGUCCUGCGAUGAGAAGGUCCACUCUGCUAACUUUCUUGUCGCUAAACAUUGUAGAAAUCUUCUUUGUCAAGUGUGCCAAUCCCCUACUCCAUGGAAGGCUUCCGGUCCUAAACUUGGACCUACUGUUUCCAUUUGUGAUUCUUGCUUCUCUUUGCAUAAUAGCAGCAAUAAUCAUAGAGAUAUUAUUGAUGAUGAUGGUAAUGUAGAAGAGAGUCUUGAAGGAAAUGAUCACGAUGAUGAAUUUGACAGCGAUGAUGACUUGUAUGAUGAUGAUGUUGAUGAGGAAGAGGAGGAGGAGGAGGAAGACGGCGAUAAUCAGGUUGUGCCGUGGUCGGUCACUCCACCUUCCCCUCCCUCAGCGAGUUCUUCUGACAGCGAAGAGGAGAUUUCUAGUCGGUUAUUAGGUGGCGCGAAGCGCGUGCGAGAAAGCAUUGCUUAUCUUGAUUCUGACGAUGAGAUUGGAUGUUCGUCCUCACAAAUGGAUUCAGGAAGAAUAAGCGGCAACGACGAAGGGAAUUCAUUGGAAUCAUUCAGGAAACUGAAGCAGCGAAGAAGAAUAAGAACGGAAGAAGAAGAAGAAGAGGAUGAUCAUCAUGAUGGUCAAGCAGAGUCAAGAUCAACGGCUGUUAUUGACUCGCUCAAAAGACUCCAAAAUGAAAUGGUUACUAAUAGAGAUAACGCGUCUGCAACGAUUCUUGGGAUUUGCAGGCUGAGCAGAGAUCAUCACAACCGUUGAUUUGCAAUCUAAAACUAACAUACUACUCUUUUGUUUUCCCCACAUUUUAUAACCAAUACCGUUUUUCUCGAUUAGUUUUUUGAGUCUAUUAAAUUAUUUAAUUCCCUAUUAUCUUGUGCUGAUCCUCUUACUACCUUAUUUUUUUAGUUUCUUUUUCCUUAAAAUAUUUUGUUUUCUGUAUGAGGUGGUGUGUAGAUAUUGCAUUUUCUAGUACUAAUUUCUAUUUUUUUGUUUAAUAUUUUGUUGUCAAGUUGCCUUGUUUUGAUAAUCAAUAUUAGAAUCUUUGGAAUGAUAUGUUUUACA